AUGAUCGAACUGGAGAUGUUGGGUGUCGCCUGGGCCAUCCGAAAAUGCCACACCUAUCUUGCUGGCAUGUCGUUUCAUGUAGUUGUUGACCAUCAGCCCCUUGUUCCAAUAUUGAACACCUACACACUGGACCAGGUUGAGAAUCCUCGGCUCCAACGUCUGAUGACCAAGGUACAACUCUAUCAAUUCGACGUCUCGUGGCGCAAGGGCUCUGAGCAUGCCUUUGCUGACGCCUUGUCGCGUGCUCCAGUGCAGAACCCGGUUGCCGAUGAUCUCCUGGGAGAAGCCGACUCGCUAUCUGGACAAGCCAUCCGUGCAUGCCUUCAGCAGGAUGACUCCGGAUCAGCGCUAUUUGGUCUCCCGUUCCACGAGCUCCGCGAUGCCGCUCAGUCUGACGUUGAUUACGUGCAGUUAGUCUCCUAUAUUCGUGACGGCUUCCCUUCUGCCAGACGUCACAUGCCACCUGCUCUCGCUCCGUAUUGGAAUGGCCGUGAGCACCUCACCCUGGAUAACGGCACCGUCCUCCGUGGCUCUCGUCUUGUUGUGCCCAAGUCUCUACAACGCCGUGUACUGACUGACCUGCAUUCGUCUCACCAGGGCCUGGAACGUACCAAGCGUCGUGCGCGUCAAGUGGUUUACUGGCCGAGGAUGAGUGAUGACAUCACAGCCCUGAUCUGUGCCUGCCCUGUCUGUCGUGAGCUCCAACGUUCGCAGCAGAAGGAGCCAUUGAUGCGCGAGCCACAGCCGACAUUUCCAUUCGAGUAUGCCAGCGCAGAUCUCUUCUCCUGUCAAGGCUGGCAGUUCCUGGUAUAUUCUGACCGUCUGUCCGGCUGGCCGUGUGUAGCUCGAAUUGGCCGUACCGCUACCUCCCAUGACAUCAUUUGUCACUUCCGCCGUUGGUUCGCAGAUGUUGGCGUACCGUAG